CGCGCACGUAAUUUCUCUUCGCUCCGGAGCAGAGAUGCAGACGGCAACGGCGGCGGCGGCGGCGCCGUGGACGCCGACCCCAUCCGCGUCCACCUCCUCCUCCGCGACCCCCUUCAAGGUGGGGAUUCCGUCGCCACGGGGGACGGGUCUCCGUACCUCCUCCGCGCCGAGGCUGGUUGCUAAAGUGGCUCGCCCCCGGCGGCGGCCGCGGCAAGUGGUGCAGGCUAUUGCCAACCCAGAUCCAGCAGUCGAGCUGCCAUUGACUGCUGAAAAUGUGGAGAUGGUGUUGGACGAAGUGCGUCCUUACCUUAUGGCUGAUGGAGGCAACGUCGUGUUGCACGAAAUUGAUGGAAAUGUGGUGAGGCUGAAGCUGCAAGGAGCUUGUGGAUCAUGCCCAUCCUCGGUGACAACAAUGAAGAUGGGUAUUGAGCGGCGUUUGAUGGAGAAAAUACCAGAGAUUGUCGCAGUUGAACCCAUCGCUGAUGAGGAGACUGGACUUGAAUUGAAUCAAGAGAACAUAGAAAAGGUGCUCGAUGAGAUCAGACCAUACCUUGCAGGCACCGGUGGCGGUGAACUCGAGUUUGUUUCAAUCGAGGAACCUAUUGUUAAGGUCAGGCUCACAGGCCCAGCUGCUGGUGUGAUGACUGUUCGGGUGGCCCUUACUCAGAAGCUCCGUGAGAAGAUCCCUAAAAUCGCAGCUGUCCAGCUAUUGUCAUAAUCCCUAAAGCACAUUUAGAAGCCAAUACCUUACAAUGU